CCAAUACAAACGCGGUGCGAUAGUUUCGUCCAUUUUACCACAGGGAGCCGAGCUGCCCGUGUUCACAUCGUGGCGUGGGCCUGCAGCUAGUAAAGCGCUUCAUGAGUAUAUUAGGAACUCAAACGUGGGUCGGCUGGCAGCGUACCCUGCGCAUCCUCACUGCAGCAGUGCCCAAGCGAUGAGCGAUGAUGUCGUAUCUGCUGAAGCAAAGAGAGAUAAGGAACAGCAGACGGACCCCAAGCCACGCUUUGAAGUAAAAGGGAGAGCACCAAGAUGGACGACCAAGUGGUCAAGCGAGGAGAUGCUUCUCCUGGCGAUCCUGCAUGCAGAAACGGGGAACAGGUGGAAGGACAUUGCCAAGUACUUCCGCAAACGGAGCGAAACGGAUGUCAAGAACAUCUACUACAGCUCCAUGCGGCUGGUGUCCAGCGACAAUAAUCUGGGUCGGCGCCUCCUGUCCUCCUACGCCAAUGCCGUGCGCGAUUGCCACGGCGACCCCUUCCAGCGCCGGGCCGCGCUGGAGGCGAAGAAGGCUGAGCACGGAGUGGACGACGAAUACUGCGAGCGCAUAUUGCAGAGCUGCGCAAACGGCAAGGCGGGGGCCCGGCCGACAGGGCGCGCCACCACGCCUGGUCCCAUCGGCACCGAGGCCGCGGCGACAGAAACGACGGCUGCCGCUCUUACAGCAAGCGCCAGCGGUGCUGCCGCUGCAACAGCUGCGGCCAUGGCUGCGGCAGCGCACGGGGGCGAUGCCGUCGCCACGAUCACGACAGCAUCCACCGCUGCGGCCACGGCCACGGCAAACUGCACUGCAAUUGCCACGGCAGCGGGCGUGCGCGGCGUUGCGGACACGGCCGCCAUUGUGGCUGACGGCGGCAUGCUUGUAGAUGGGGCGACCAGCCCGCUUGUGGAGGCUGGCGGUAUCGGCCGUGGCGGCAAACGUGCCGCUGUCGCGAGCGAGCGGCCUACCCGGAGUCGGAAGGCUGGCGGAGAGGCUCAGUCUGCACCCCUGCCAGGCCGAGCGGCCGGCCGGCUGCGCACCGGGCUGGCUGACGUGUCUGGAAGCAGCGAGUCAGGCCAAGCCGAUGAGGACAGUGACGGGACCGGUAAGCGCACGUCAGCCGGCUUUGCGCCGUUGGGCCCUAUUCUGGCGGCGGCGGUGGCGGACGUGGGCUUGGCAGCCGACAGCGCAGCGGCGGGCGGGCGCCCAGUCAGCAGGGCCGAUGGCGGCGGCGGUGCUACUGGUGGUGAGCCGCUGUUGUGGCCGCUCGCGGCUCUGGAGGGCCGGCUGCGGCUCCACCUUGCCGCCGCAGCAGCGGCUGGCGGCGGCGGCGGAGGCCGAGAUGCCGGUGCUGGUUAUGCACCUGGGGCGGUAGCGGCGGGCGGUGGCAAGGCGGUGCUGGAGCUGCAGCCGGGUGGCGGGCGCCUGCAUGACGAGCGAGGGGCAGCAGCGGCACACAUAGAGCGCAGCAGGCUGCAUGCAAGGCCUCUCGGUCCGCGUGCGAGCCACGACGGCGGCCACCCGGACAGGCGAGGGGCCUCGGCGGGGGUUGUAAUCCGGGAAGGCCUGGGUCUGGGGCAGGAUCUAGGGCUGCGGGCAGGUGCACCGUCGGCGCCGGCAUUGCUGGAGGCUGCGGCGGCGCCCGCGCCUGGUCAUGCAGUCGCCAGCGCAGGCCACCUGCGGCACGGUGCUGGCGGUCAGCCCUACGUGCCUUUGCGCACCAUGAGCGCAGCUGCCACUUCCGCAACGCUCGGGGCGCGCUCCGGCCUGCUGUCGGGUCUCCCGGAGGCGCCGUCGGCGACGGCGCCAAUGCGCGGCGAGUCCAUAGGACACGGCAGCUGCAGACCCUUCAGCGCCGCCGCCGCUGCUGCCGCAAUGACAUCAAGCAUCCCGACGGCGCCCACCUCCACGCCCGCGUCCUCCAGCGCUGCGGCCGCAGCAGCAGCCGAUGCGGCGGCAUUGGUGCCGCGCGAGCUCAUGGCGGUUGCGCUGAAGCAGGCAGCAGCGGCCGCCACCGCAGCCGUCGGCGGGCUCGCAUUUGACUCUCCUUCGCACAGCGUCCGGUCCUCUGCACCAGGCGUUGAAGCGCGCAGUAGGUUGGCAGCUGCAGCCAGCGCCCGCAGCGCUCCGGCCGACGAGGAGCAGGACUUGGCAGCAGCGUACUACCACCCGUUACCGCUGCACAAGCGGCAGCGGCACGAGUCGCCGCCGCCACCGCGGUCGCGACAGCCGGCGCCCCCGCUGCCGCCUGACCUGCCGCAGCCGCUUUGGCGCGCGACGCCGCUGCAAGCAGCAGGGAAUUUAGCACUGGUACGCAUGCACGACCACGCGCACAAUGGCGAUGCAUCUGGCGUAGACAGGUUGCAGCUGUUGGCGCAGUCGAAGAUGCUGGUGUUGCGACCGCUGGGCGUCAUGGCCGCCCCGAAGCGUGAGGUGAUGGUGCCGGUGCUGCUCGCUCCGCCCUCUUCGGUGUCCGGCCCGUUUGAUGACGGCGACGGCUUCACGAAUGCUGGUGGCGACCGCGGGCGUCAGGCGGCACCACAAGCGCAUCAUACAGCAAUGCCGGCGCCGGCGCACUUGCACGGCCGCGCUGGACCGCCGCACUCGCAUGCUGCCGACAGCCUGCUGCCGACAUCGUCUGUCUCGUCUAUGGCGUCAGCGGGAGAAGCAGCAGCGGCAGCAGCCAGCCGGCUGCAACAGGACGUGCACAAGGCACUGCUGCGGCAGCAGCACCAGCAGCAGGUGCAGCAGCUGGAGGCGCAGCAACGGCUGCUAGAGCAGCAGCUGCUGCAGACUCGAGUGCGGCAGCUGCUGAUGCUGCAGAUGGACGAGCCGCCGCCGUCACAGCAGCAGCAACGGCAGCAGCAGCAACAACAAUCGCGACCGCCGCAGAUGCCGCCACGCAAACGCACGCCUGCAGACGAUGCGGCGGAAUGGCUGGCGGCGCACGUGGAGCGCCGGGGUGAUGCAGCGCGCGGCCAGGACCAGCACCAGAGCCUCGCGGCCGCGCUCCACCUCGCCGCCCAUUCCUCACCUGCCGGCCACUGGGACCUGGAGCAGCAGGUGGUUCUGCCUGUGCGGAGGCCGCCACCGCAGUCGCAGCCGCUGCCACGCGCCGCUUCCGGGAUGUAUGGACUCGAGCUGCUGUCGGAGGUCGCGGAUGAAGCAGCCAAUGCGGCGGGCAGUGUGCGGUCGGUGCCGGCCCUGAUGUGGCGCGCGCCGGCGCAGGACGACCCUGCUGGGCGUCCCCUCACCCGACUCGGGACGGGCCGCAGCUAUGACGUUGGCGGCACCGGCAGCGGCGGCGGUGGCUGAGGGCGGUGGUUGGUGGUGUGUUGCUGGUGAUCCAAGGGGCGAGCACUGGCAGCUCAGCCGGGAAGCAAUGGUUGCUGGUCUGGGGCGUAGUUACAUUUUGUAGUGUCAGGUGUGCACAGGGCGAUGUUAGAGCUUAACGCGUCAUGCUCGCUUUGGUACAGGCGCGGAGCUGGCUGCGACAUUACACCAGUAGCAAUAAGGCGGGGCACGGGGCGGGGCUCGGAGACGAGCAACAUAGGAAACGUCGAUAGGGAAGAAGUGCGCGAGGCAGGCAUGAAAGCUAGAGACGGGAGCAACAGGGGCUGCGGUCAUUGGGCGCACGCUUGUGCGUCGCGUCGUUCUCGUGCUCGUGUGGUUGCCAUAUCGCUUGAGUCUUGAUGCCGUACGUAGGUCCCGGACCUAGGAUGGUCGUGACGGUGGCCGCUGUUAACGCGGAAUGGAGCUUCGUGCGCUGUUGCGGACCUGCGCCGACCCCGUGCUGCCACCCUCACAGGUGCAACACGCAUGCAUGCAUGCACACAUGUAUUUUGCUGCGGUGCGUGUUUGUGUGUCCUGAAACGGCGAUGGUUGCGGACUGCUUUUUCAAGAUGCGGGAACAGCGCGCCCUGCUACGUGCGGCUGUCUGGUGAUGGCUACCGCAAGCGCACUGGCCAGACAGAGCGCCUUGAGAAGGGAAACCACUUUCUUGUUCAAGAUGCAGAAGGUCUGUGUGUGUGUGUGUGUGGAGGCGUGAUUCGUGCGCAUGCGUCUUGGCGACACUGGCGGGCUUCUUUUAUUCAGGGUCCAUGCAUACGUAUUUUACUGCAUUGACAUCGCCCAUCCAGACAUGGAGACAUGUGGAUGCGGAGGAGUAUAUGCGUUGGUGGUAUGGGUGGCAGCCAGGCAGGGUUGGAGUCACGUGGUUAUGCCGUCUGCCUGUCGAUGUCUUGGAAUAGCAACAUCCGGGUACGCACAGGUAGGGGGAGUUAGCUUUGGAGCGGAGGCUCGAUUCCACUUCUUACAUCUGAUAUGCUGGGGGGCGUACGGCUACGCGUUCCCGUUUACUGGAACACCGAUGACACACUCUUGCCUGUGCCAGGUUUGGCACAGGGAGUAUGACACUGGCAUAUCGAACUUGGGUCACUCAUGCAUCAAUGGUCAUGGGAGUCUAUGACAUUGUCCUAUGCCGCACGGCAUGAGCGGGUAUAAAUGUGGGAUGGUACAAGGACUGACUUUAUUGAUGGGGCAGGAUCGCAGGAGAUAGCUGGCUGGCUCGCCGCGUUGUUGGCUACUUGUGCCCAACUCAAGUGUGAGCAACGGUGCAGGACAGUACGGCAUGCCGCGAGGGCGGGGGCACGUUCAAGGAACGUGGACAUCCAGGGAUAGCAGGACAUUGGCUUGCGCGAGAAUCCAGCGCUACAAGUCGUAGGAAUGCGACAUUGCAAGUCGUAUAGGCUAUAUAAAGCAUUUGGUAUUGCCAUGUUUUAGGGCAUUCUAUUUUGUGAUGACCAUUGGGCCAGGCGGUGGACGAACCCGGACGAGGGCGGAUUCGGGAAGCAACCUAUGCGCCAUGCACUUUCGUUAUGGAGAGUUGCCAGACUUGCAUUUUAUGGAAUAGCACUGAUCAUGUGAUACGCAUGGUAGAUAUUGCUAGGUUGGCUAGGUUGUGCUCUACGUGGAAAUGUGGAACGUUCCAGCUGCCGCGUGCAGCCUACGGGUUUCCCGUGCGGGACCUGGGACAUGCCGACCCUGUCCGCACACGGGCCCUGUGCAGGCACUGUGUGUAAACACGGUAGGCG